GUGAAGGAGUGUGUUGGACCAGAGUGAGAGAAGAGAGCAGGAAGAGGGGAGACAAAAAAGAAAAUAACAGGAUAUUGAGCUCAAGAAGGGGUCUCUGUUCGUGGACUCAGUCUCUUUUGAGCUCCUGGUGUGAAACGCACAAACCUGAGUUGAAAGUUCAAAGGUCAGAGGUGACGACGGAGGAUGAAAAUGUCACUGAAGCCUCUUCUGCUCAUCUGGGGAAUCACUGCAGCCACUGUUGUGUCUGCUCAAGAAUCAUGGAGAAAGGACAACAGGGAGUCUGGUCCUGCUGUCUACCAAUCUGAGGAAAACUACGAGUGGACCACAUGGUUCAACGUUGAUCACCCUGGAGGUCGUGGAGACUACGAGCAGCUGGAGGCCAUUCGCUUCUAUUACCGUGCAAGAGUGUGUGAGAAGCCACGGGCAAUUGAGGCCAGAACCACUGAAUGGGUCUCAGCCCGUGACACUGGGGAGACGGUCCAUGCAGACCCGACGGUGGGCUUCUGGUGCCUCAACGAGGAGCAAGGUCCCGAACGCAACUGCUCUAACUAUGCAGUCCGCUUCCUCUGUCCUAAAGUUAUCAGUGUGAACACUCAGGGAACCUGGGGCCCCUGGUCAGACUGGAGCCCAUGCCCCGCCUCCUGUGGUGAAGUAAGGGUCCAGCUACGCUCCAGAAACUGCCGGUCUCACUCUGUGCCUUGCAUUGGCCUUAAAGUCGAAGAGAAAAUAUGCAAUGGACCUGAGUGCCCAAAGACAGAUUGUUCCCUGCAGUGUGUGGUGGGGAAGGUGAACGCUGAGUGUGACGCAUGCAUGUGUGAAGAGCACAUCCUGUUGGGCUCAGUACGUGGGGCUGGGGGUCUCAUCGCUGAAGGAGCUACGAUCCUUCGCAAUGGAAAGCUCCUCACCCUGACUGACCACAACGGACAUUUCCGCAUCCCCGGCGUCUGCCCUGACGGCAACACCACGCUGUCGGUCAGCCUGCAGGGUCACGUCGCCCAUGACAUCGUUGUGCCCUACAGCUCUGAACGCACUUCUGUCCUCAGUAUCCAGCUGAAGAGAAUAGAGAAACUUCAUGUGUUGAGCAAACCCGACAGCAAGGUCAGGAGGCAGGGACAAACUGCUGCCUUCUGCUGCAAGGUGGAGGGAACACCACAGCCAGACAAGUACCAAUGGUUCCAUAACGACAGUCUCCUGGAGAGGCAGACUGGGAGCACCUUGGUCCUAAAGGAUCUGCAUCUGGAGCAGACUGGGGAGUACUACUGCCGAGCAAGUGGUCCAUCUGGUGCUAUCAAGACCAAACCAGCUACACUCAAGGUCCUAGGUCGAAAUGAGCACUCAUGUAACCCCAAGCCUCAAUCCCACCUCAUCCGUCUUCCACAUGACUGCUACCAAAACAGCACAGAGUCAUUAUAUUACGAUGUGGGCAAGUGCCCUUCAAGUACAUGUUCUGGGAAGCUGGACAAUGGCAUCAGAUGCAAAGACAAAGUGGCUUACUGCUGUGGGGUGGAAAACAUGGAGAAGAGGCAGAUUACAUGCCAAGGCUACCAACUCCCCACCAUGGUGGUGACUGAGUGUAGCUGCCAGAAAUGUGUGGAAACCAAGUCUAUUGUGCACGGUCGGGCCAUUGCAGCAGAUAAUGGUGAGCCAAUGAGGUUUGGCCAUAUCUUUAUGAAUGGAGUCAGAAUCAGUCGCACGGGCUACAAAGGUACCUUCUCCAUCCAGGUCUCUCCAGACACAGAGAGGCUAGUCCUGACUUUUGUGGACAACAUGCAGAAAUUUGUCAACAGCACAAAGGUACUUCCAUUUAACACCAAGGGAGGGGCUGUUUACCAUGAGAUCAAACUUCUUAGAAAGAAAGCCCCUGUCACCAUCAGCUCAAUAGAAACCAACACUUUGGAGCUUGGGGAGGCAGAGGGCCAAGAGGCAAUGGUUCAGAUCCAGAUUCCACCCAAUUCCUUUUACAAGGAGAAUGGUGAAGCCUUCACGGGUAAUGUGAAAGCUAGUAUAACAUUUCUCGACCCAAGAGACGUCUCCACAGCUGCUGUAGCUCAAAGUGAUCUCAAUUUUGUAGGAAGUGAAGGAGAUACCUUACCUCUAAGAACCUAUGGUAUGUUCUCAGUGGACUUCAGGGGUGAGGAAAACAAUGAGCCCCUGAAUGCGGGUGAGGUGAAAGUUUUCCUCGAUUCGGCUCAGGUGAAGAUGUCUGAGCACCUGAACACCAUGAAGCUGUGGUCACUGAACCCUGAUACCGGCCUGUGGGAGGAGGAGGGAAGUCUUCAGGUGGAGAAGAAAAGAAGAGGCAAAAGGGAGGAGAGGACAUUUUUGAUUGGUAACAUGGAGAUCAGAGAGAGACGGCUGUUCAACCUGGAUGUCCCAGAGAAUCGCAGGUGUUACGUGAAGGUGAGGGCCUUCCGCAGUGAUCGCUUCAUGACCAGUGAGCAGGUGGAGGGAGUUGUGGUGAGUCUCAUAAACAUGGAGCCGACAGCUGGCUACUCCUCAAACCCACGUGCCUGGGGACGAUUCGAUAGUGUAAUCACUGGCUCGAACGGUGCCUGUCUUCCUGCCUUCUGUGAUGAACAAAAAGCUGAUGCAUACUCUGCUUAUGUCAUGGCCAACCUUGGAGGGGAGGAGCUGGAGGCUGUCCCUUCUGCUCCCAAACUCAAUCCCAACCUUAUUGGAGUGCCCCAGCCGUACCUGGAUAAACUGAACUACAGGCGGACCGACCACGAAGACCCACGAAUUAAGAAAACAGCUUUCAGCAUCAACGUGGCAAAACCCAGUCCCAACGCAGCCGAGGAAGGCAACGGACCAGUGUACCAAUUUGAGAAAUUGAAAGACUGUGAGGAAGCUCCUUUCAGUGCAGCACACUUCCGUUUCUCAAGAGUGGAGGGAGACCGCUAUGAUUACAACACUGUGCCAUUCAAUGAAGACGACCCAAUGAGCUGGACUGAGGACUACCUGAGCUGGUGGCCCAAGCCCAUGGAAUACCGGGCCUGUUAUGUUAAGGUUAAAAUCACCAGUCCACAUGAGAUCAAUGUGAGGUCCCGCAACAUGGGUGGCACCCAUCCCAAGACAGUGGGCCAGCUGUAUGGCCUCCGCGACACUCGCAGCAUCCGCGACAUGGACCAGAACACUGUCUCAGCUGUGUGCUUGGAGUUCAAGUGCAGCGGGAUGCUGUACGAUCAGGAACGUGUCGACCGAACCCUGGUGAAAGUGAUCCCACAAGGAAGCUGUAAGAGAGACCUUGUCAACCCAAUGCUUCAGGAGUAUCUGGUCAACCAUCUGCCCCUUGCCGUCAACAACGACACCAAUGAGUUCACUAUGCUGGCGCCUCUUGACCCUCUGGGCCAUAACUAUGGAAUUUAUACAGUGACAGACCAGGAUCCCCGCACAGCUAAAGAGAUCGCACUUGGACGCUGCUUCGAUGGCACCUCCGAUGGCACGUCUCGCGUCAUGAAGAGCAAUGAGGGUGUGGCGCUGUCUUUCACCUGCGGAGAUCGGGAGGCGACACACCAGAAUGCUUUCCAGUCCUCGCAGAGCUCUCAGGGUCAGACAGUGACAAGUGUGGUGAGAGGCGACGGCAGGCAGAACCGGCGCCGGCAGAGAGCCAAUGCACCUCGCAGCAGUCGUAGACGUAGCACCAGAAACCCCACAGGAAAACGUGCAGAGGCCAAAAUCUGAACACUGAAGGUCAACAUGGAGCCCAAAUGAUUACCUCCAACAGAUGGACAGUGUGAACCUUCUGCUUUGAUACAUUUUUAUAUUGGCUUGUAUUUUUUUCCCCACGUAACUAAACAAAUAGGCCUCGAUAUCUUGCAGCUUCUUCCCCAGACUGUUCUACAUUAUUUUACUUAGAUUUUCAACUGUACUGUGGUAAAUAUUUACUUGAAACUGUAAAUAGAGUAUUUAUUACAUGUGCCUUAUAAACAGCCAUCAGUGAGCUGUUGUGUUAAUACAUGUAAGAUUCUUGCAGUAAGGUUAUAAACAAAGACAGAAAAACAACUUGUCCUUUUGACCAGUGGUUUAUUAAAUUAGAUGCUUAUAAAACACUGCAGAUGGUGUAUUUCCGUUAUUAUCAUUGUCAUGAUCAUAAUCCAAUUGUCCAUGUAACAUUGAAACUGGUCAACUGUUAGAAAAGAACAGGAGAAAUAUGCCCGUUUCAACUAACUAGCCCAUAUGAAGACAUGGUGGGGUGAAGCCCAUAAGCCCCCGCUCCUCAUCACACUUGAUACAAGCCUGCAGAAGCAAUGAUUAGGAGACCAGUUGUAGAAAGUGAAUCCACUUGCCUGAUCUAUACUUUUUCUGCAUUAGUAUAAAUCAAAUUAGUAAAUUGCUCUUGUCAUGCACGAAAAAUACCUAUGCUCAAAAUUGUAAAGGAUAUUCCAGAGAUGUAUCAAGAGAAUGGCUGUGAAGUUUUAAAGUCACAUUUAUUAUACUUGUUGAUCCCUUUUAUCUUACAAUGAAUGUCACGUGCUCUGUAAAAUUACAACUAUUACUUACAUGUUGCAUCGGUCUCAGAAUCACCCACAAUGCAACCUUUCCGGAGAUAAAGAUGUAGUAUGUACUAAAUAAUUGUUCUGCAUUUGGCAACCAAAGUUAUAGAUACUAUAUACUUUCCUGUAAGAGACCCAUCCACAGGUAAGUGAGACCUAUAAUAUAUACAUGACAUUCUGGUUUAGGAAUUUGCAUAGAACCUUGUGUUUCUAUGUCAGUAGACUGCAAUACUGUAUCUGCCAUUUUGACAGGGGCAACAUUCAAUCAUAAAAUGAGCCCUGCAAAACUCAGACAAAAGCAGUUACUAUGUAUUCUUCGUUGUUGAAGCUGGGUCACCCAACAGAUACUUAAUUAUUAUCAGUGUGUGAGUUGAGGCUGAAUGAGACGGAGAAAAGGCAAUUCCAUAUGUAUGAACAUAAAGAGUUGGUGAGACUGGGUGCUCUCUGGUAUAGUCCCUCUGGUCAUUGAAGCAAGAUGAAUGGGGCAACACAUAGUUCAGAUUUUCCAGGAUGGCACUGGAAAGCAUGAAAAGGUACAGCUGCGUUUCGGAGGGUGGGGAGAAGGAAAGGGCAGUAGUGAUGGAGCCAGUGUCACAUAAAGUCCUCGUAGUCUUGGGCGUAGCCACCAUCAAAU